ACCUGGUACGGCGGCGGCCAGCUGGACGCGCCCUCGUGCGGCGGCAAGGCGCCCAAGUCGAGCGACUACGUCGUCGCCGUGCCCACGUCGAGCGGCAUGAAGUGCGGCGACACGCUCCACAUCCACCGCGGCAACCGCAAGAUGGUCAGUGCCGUCGUGCGCGACACGUGUGCCGGCUGCGCCAAGAACCAGGUCGACAUGACCCGCGGUCUCUUCUCUGCUCUUGGUAGCCUCGACGACGGUGUGCUGUCGAACCUGCGCAUUCGGGUG